AUGGUGUACGAUAGCAGCAAGCUCGCGCGCAUGGUCCCCCCCCAAACGGAGCAGUCGCUGCCGGUGAUGAACGAGCAGUGCGACCGCGUGUUGCGCGCGCUCGAGGCGGACAUCUCGAGCGCGGGCGAGCGACGCGCGUCGACGUCGCCGCCGCUCGCGGACGACGACCCGGUGUACGGCGCGCCGAAGCCGGGGGAGGAUCUGUGGGUCGCGUCUGUGUCGGGCGGGGGGAAGCGCGCGGCGAACGGCGGCGGCGCGGAGAAGGCGAACCCGCGAGGGGAGGACGCGCGUCCGACGAAGACCCUGGGCGGAGAGAGACGCCGGCAAAAGUCCUUAAGGAUCGGCGUUCACCACGCGAACGCGGUCGUAUGGGGACCAGUGUGUCCGACGGGCGGGGGCGAAGACGAUGAUUCGAAUCGACGACGAUGA